CCCUUCUCCGCUGCGCGCUGGACCUGCGCGCAACCGUCGCCCUUUAAUGCCGUCAGUCGUCCCGCGCCACGCGUCAGACGACACCUGGUACCGAGGCGGGACUUCCGGUCGCGUCGUGUGACAACUUCCGGAGAGAGGCGGAAGAGCCUCUGGGCUCUGUGGUCUGGAGUCCCGGGACCGCUUAAGGGCCGCCCGAGGGACAGGAGAGGUCCACUGUGGGCGGGCCGGCCACGCUCCGGUGUCGGGCCGCGGGCCUGAGGGAUGAGGAGGAGCUAUGGCCAGCGACGGGGCCAGGAAGCAGUUCUGGAAGCGCAGCAACAGCAAGGUCCCGGGCAGCAUCCAGCACGUGUACGGGGCCCAGCACUCCCCUUUCGACCCGCUGCUGCAUGGCACUUUGCUCAAGUCCACCCCCAAGCUGCCGAGCACACCGCUGAAGGCCAAGCGAGGCAGCACCUUCCAGGAGUUUGAGAGCAACACCAGUGACGCCUGGGACGCCGGGGAGGACGACGAUGAGCUGCUGGCCAUGGCGGCCGAGAGCCUGAACUCCGAGGUGGUCAUGGAGACAGCCCAUCGCGUCCUGCGGAACCACAGCCAGCGGCAGGAGCAGCACAGGCUGCAGGAGGCCAUGCUGCCCGAGGAGAGGCCCCAGCCUUGGGCACAGGCUCCCCCAGUCCCCGGCGGCGACCCCUGGCUGGUGAAGUCUGUCAGUGAGAGCCACACACCCCGACCUACAGAAAGUGGCAGCGAAGCAGGCCCCCUGCAGCGGUCACAGUCUCUCCCCCACUCCUCGACCGUGGCACUGAGCGGUGGGGUAUCCGACCACAGUGCCCUCGGCAGCUCGGCCCUGAGCGAGAGGGAGGCCUCCCGGCUCGACAAGUUCAAGCAGCUCCUUGCUGGUCCCAACACAGACCUUGAGGAAUUGAGGAAGUUGAGCUGGUCCGGAAUACCUAAGCCUGUCCGUCCAAUCACGUGGAAGCUUCUGUCUGGCUACCUUCCUGCCAAUGUAGACCGAAGACCAGCCACUCUCCAGAGAAAACAAAAAGAAUAUUUUGCUUUUGUCGAGCAGUAUUAUGAUUCCAGGAAUGAUGAAGUUCACCAAGAUACGUAUAGACAGAUCCACAUAGAUAUCCCUCGGAUGAGCCCAGAGGCUUUAACACUUCAACCCAAAGUGACAGAGAUUUUUGAGAGGAUAUUAUUUAUAUGGGCAAUUCGUCACCCCGCCAGCGGCUACGUCCAGGGGAUAAAUGACCUGGUCACUCCUUUCUUUGUGGUCUUCAUUUGCGAACACAUAGAUGGGGAGGACGUGGACACGGUGGACGUCUCUCGCGUUCCUGCGGACGUGCUGUGCGACAUCGAGGCUGACACCUACUGGUGCAUGAGCCGGCUGCUGGAUGGCAUCCAGGACAACUACACCUUCGCCCAGCCUGGGAUUCAAAUGAAAGUGAGAAUGUUGGAAGAACUCGUCAGCCGGAUCGAUGAGCCGGUGCACCGGCACCUGGAGCAGCACGAGGUGAAGUACCUGCAGUUUGCCUUCCGCUGGAUGAACAACCUGCUGAUGCGGGAGCUGCCGCUGCGCUGCGCCGUCCGCCUGUGGGACACCUACCAGUCGGAACCCGAGGGCUUUUCUCAUUUCCACUUGUACGUUUGUGCUGCUUUUCUUGUGAGAUGGAGGAAAGAAAUACUAGAAGAAAGAGAUUUCCAGGAGCUGCUGCUCUUCCUCCAGAGCCUGCCCACGGCCACCUGGGGUGACGAGGACAUCAGCCUGCUGCUGGCUGAGGCCUACCGCCUGAAGUUCGCCUUCGCAGACGCCCCCAACCACUACAAGAAGUAAGUGCAACGCCUCGGCCCCCCGGC